AUGGAAGCCAAACAGCACCCCAUCAAAAGCCUGAAAAGUUACCCCGAGACCGGCGGCCGGAGCCUGGCGGCGGCCGCCGUGGGGGGGGACAGCGGAGGGGGAGGAGGGGGAGGAGGAGGAGGCCGGGAAACGGAGAUGGAGGCGAAGAUCCAGAAAGCCAUCGACUUCAAGGUGGAGGGCCAUCGUUGUUACAAGGAGAAGAAAUUUCGGGAGGCGAUAGGCAAGUACCACCGGGCGCUGCUGCAGCUCAAAGGCGUGCACGUCGUGGACGGGACCACGGGCUCCGAGGUCAACCUGCUCGGCCAAGCCACGGCCAAGCUGACCGAGGAGCAGCGGAGAGCCGUGGAGAGCACCGAGAUCGAGUGCUACGACAGCCUGACAGGUGAGCCGCCUCCCUCCGUCCGGCCAUCCAUCCCUCCGUCCAUCCCUCCGUCCAUCCCUCCGUCCAUCGUUCCGGUUCACCGGGGUUCAUUGUGCGGGUGCAGCGUGCUCUCUGUUGCGCAGAGGCAGGUGGAGUCACGGCGGCGCUCCGGGAGUAUACUGUGGUGUGAGUGGGAACAGACGUUCGGUUAG